CGGACUGUGGGCAGGCAGGAGGAGCAACAGGAGUCGAGGGGCACCUCCUCUGUUUGAGGCUCGAAACAAAAACCCGAACACCGCAGACCCACUUCAGCUUCGGCGUGUUUGUUAAAGCUUAUUUCCGACAAAAACACCUGGACAUAAAACCUGCGGAUUUCACCGGAGUUUCCCGCAGUUUUGCAUUUAAUUUCACCUGCGUGCGUCAGAGCGCAGACUCCUCUCAUCACACACACACACACUCACUCACUCACUCACACACUCACUCACUCACACACACUCACUCACUCACUCACUCACACACAGGAGCAGGCGGGAGUGCGUCUGUGCCAUCCACAGCGCCAGUUUGGUUCCACCUUGACGUGCGCUUCAUUCCGCAUCUGGACCGCCGGAGAGCUCAGGCUUCACCGCAGCGCGCUGACAGUGAUCAGACCUCCAGUUUGGUGAGUGAAGAUGAUUGCUGUGCUGAUCUGUGCCUUGAUCGCACUCGGCGUGGCAGAAAACGACUUGGACACUCUGUACCCUGAGCUGGAGCACUCGAGAACCAUCUAUGUCACAGAGAACGGCCCUCGGCUCUCAGUGGUGGCAGAACAAUCCAAGGUGGUGUCGAGGCGAGGGGGAAACGCCACUUUACCAUGCAAGAUCCAAAGGGACCAAUCACUGGCACCGAAUCGCAAGAUGAGGAUCAAAUGGACCAAGCUGACCUCAGACUACCUGAAAGAGGUGGAUGUCUUUGUUGCCAUGGAUUAUCACAAAAAGAGUUAUGGCAGUUUCCAUGGACGCGUUCACCUACAAGGCUCCUCUCCCAUGGACGCCUCUCUGGUCAUCACUGAAAUCACCCUGGAUGAUUAUGGGAAAUAUAAAUGUGAAGUUAUUGAUGGGCUGGAAGAUGGAACGGUGGUGGUGUCCCUCGACCUAGAAGGCGUUGUCUUUCCCUACUUCCCCCGUCUGGGUCGCUAUAACCUCAAUUUCUAUGAUGCCGAGCGGGCAUGUCGGGACCAGGAUGCCAUCGUGGCGUCCUUCGAUCAGCUGUAUGACGCGUGGCGAGGAAAGAUGGACUGGUGCAAUGCUGGCUGGCUGAGUGACGGCACGGUCCAGUAUCCCAUCACUACCCCCAGAGACCCCUGCGGAGGCAAGAACACAGUGCCAGGGAUUCGCAACUAUGGCCUGAGAGACAAGGAGAAGAACCACUACGACGUGUUCUGCUUCACGUCCCACUACAAAGGUCGGUUCUACUACCUGAUCCACCCCUCUAAGUUAACCUAUGACGAGGCGGUCAGGGCGUGUCAGAAGGACGGUGCUCAAAUCGCAAAGGUCGGCCAGAUGUUCGCCGCCUGGAAGCUGCUGGGCUACGACCGCUGCGAUGCCGGCUGGUUGGCUGAUGGCAGCGUCCGUUAUCCCAUCUCCCGCCCCCGCCGGCGCUGCAGUCCCACAGAGGCUGCUGUGAGGUUCAACGGCUUCCCCGACAGAAAGCACAAGCUGUACGGAGUGUACUGCUUCAAGGGCCACAACUGAGCCACAAACACACACACACACACACACACAACGUGCAAACACAGCAUGCAAACACACACACACACACACACAUUCAUACACUAGUGAACACACUUGUGAAAAGAGACAGGAGGGGAUCUCGGAUUAUUGAGCAAACACAUUCAAACUGUGAUGCUUUAUUUCAUGGAAACCUUAAGACGUUAUUGUCAGAUAAGAGUCAUGUUGUUGCUUUGUAAUGUGGGACCUGAUACUCUGCAAGGGAUACUUUACACAUAUUUAAGGUUCAUAUUAUUUAAUCAAUGCCUUUGAAGGAGGUGGGGGGUUGGAUCUAAGCUACAGCCAUACUGUCAUUCAAGAAAGGACUGGGCAUGUCUUCUUACAACGAACGACACGUCUGAGCUGAGUUUCGCAGCAAAACAGCUCGUGGUUGGACGAAUACUUUGGGCACUUAUCUGGUUUUGUUUGAGACCUGGAAGAACAUCAGCACAGCCACGACGCUGGAAACACACGAUAAGAAGGAAAGAAAGCUCAAAUCCUGUGAUACUCGUCAGGUAGGAACACAAGCCUAGCACAACAAACCUGACCUUUGUUGUCCAGAUGUAACAAGGUGCUACGAUUGGUACUUUGUACUUCAUCAUACCGUGCAGUAUUUUAUGUUUUUAUACAAAUGUGUUGGACCAAACAUCAGUGCUGAAACGAAUAAGAAAAAGGAACAUCCAACUGUUAGCAUUGUUUUGUUUCCUAACUAUGUAGAAUGUUAUUAUCUAGAAAUAUCUUUCUGUUUAUGACAAUUUUUGAUAAACUAUAGAAUUAUUUACAUUAUCAUUUUUUGUCUUUUGGUCAAACUAUCCGAGUCUCUUUGGUUUACAUAAAACAUAACACAACAGUGGAAGAAAUACACAAAUGCUAAAGUCGUAAAAAGAUAUGAACUUUGCACUAAACAUGUAGAAGAAGCCUAAAGGAGGAAAUCUCAUCCUAUGCAGCAACAGAAAAUGCCUGGCAUGAAUGAAAACAUUGUUGUGCUGCAGAGUCGCUCUACAAGCUGACAGUAAAGAAAAGCUUUGCAGCUGUAUCUCCGUUUGGCUUCAUCGUAGACUUCAGAGCAUGACUUAGCUUCUACAAGUAGCUGUCUGUGUUGAUCUACACACACUAUGUAGCGCCUUGAUAAACUGCUAUUUUUGAUACAUGCUGUAGUUUCUUAUGGUGAUCUGUGACCUCAGCCCCUCUAUACGUGACUACGUUAACGUGUUAGCCUACAGCUCCCAAUGCAAACCUUUCCAAUCUUUCAUCAACUGUACAGAUGUUAGCUAGCUAGCUAGCUAGCUGUAAGCUAGCCAGCAACAGACACAUGGACUGACUGUAGGAGAGUCUGUGUGAGUUUGUCUGAAGCUCAGCUACUGAAUGAACUGUAAACUAAGCAGAAACUCAGGGUAUUUCCCUCCAGUCUCCCUCAUUUUCGAUAUGUUUAUGAAGCAGAGUCAUUUAAGUUGAAGCAUUUUAACAACUUCAACAACAUCAAGUAGAAAACAAAUACAUCUUGUCAAAUCUUUUCAUUGACUUUGUAUGCAUUCAUACAACCUCCACAGUUUGUCCAACGUUCUGAUUUUAAAAGGCAUGACGAAAACUACACUAAAAUCGAGCAUGAAUCUAAACUUAAGGCAGGUUCCAAAUGUGACGUUGGAUCAUACAGAAGACACUGAAGAGAUGGCGAAAAUUUUAGAUGAACAGUUAGAAACUGACUCCCCCUUAAGGUUUGCAUAGGGAACACAACGUAAGGAGUGCUGAGAUCACAAAUGGGCCAACGCCAGGCCCUGAGUGAGCUGGUUUUCCUGGCAGCAAAUGGUUCCCUGAUUGCUAUCUGAGCUCUGCAACGGCCGACCUGUCUCCAAAGCACAGAUCAGAUCCAGCAGGCCUGCAGCCAACCUGCACCAGCCUGCUGAAUGAGACAGAAAUACAAUACAUUCAAAAUGCUAAUAACUCCUGCACUCCUUCCAUGUAAGGGUACCAGAGAGCACACCGAUCAAGUGUAAGCUCAAUGUUUAAGGUCACAGCUGACUUGGACUCUGGCUUAGGUCAUCCACUCGGGCCUGUGCAGGUUUUACUUGGCUCCGCCUUUGACGCCACUGAACAGUCUACUAGACUUAUCACUGAACUGCCAAACACACUCAUAAAAAUAACUUUCUAUAAUGAUUAGCCAACGACUAUGUGGGAAAUCAAAUGUUGAUUUUAAAAACAGCUGUGAAGUAAACACAAGGUCAGUUAUUGUAAAUGAUCCUCAAACAAAUUUAAAAGGGAGUGAGUGAUUAUGCAGGAAGAGAAGAUUAUUGAGUCUCAUUCUCCAGAAUCGCUUGCUCAACCUAAAGUUUCAGUUUGUAAAAGGAAUAGUUUGACAUUUUUUAACCCUCACCUGAGCAUGUCCGGUUGUGUACAGAUUGAAGAAAUGAUAAUGCGCUGAUUAGUACAAUGUAGAGAUGCAGAUUGACGCCACUCUCUUAAAUAAAAGGCUACAGCGAGCAGGUGAUUAGCUUAGCACCGAGGCUGAAAAUGGAGAAACAGCUUCUCUAAAAUCCUAAAAGGUGCUACUAGGCACAUUUCUUAAAUUGAAACCACGCUAGCUGUUUCUUCCUGCCUCUGGUCUUUAUGCUAACCAAAGCUAAUCACUUGUUUCUCAAGCUGGAGUUAAUCAUUAAGCUUUCAAAACAGUUGAUUUAUUUCCCAAAGUGUCAAGCUAUUCCUUAAGACAAUCAAAGAAAUUAAUUUGGGUUCAUCCGACCAACUUUGCCUGUCAGGAGCCCUGUUAAUAAUUGCAGAGUCCAUGAAAACCUUAGGGACCCAAAGACAAAAGGACAAUAAACCAGUACAUAAACCACGA